CCAGCGCCGUGUGACUGCUGGAAAACAAAGGCUGUGAGACGCGGUUGGGAAAUGUCAUCAGUCAUCCUUAAUGGACGUAAUAUACUUCAAACAAUCAAUAGUGUUAUCCUUUAAGGGCUGAAAUAAGAUAAGUAUUGUCAGUGCCGUUUUCCGUUUGCGUGUGAACAAGACUCCAGAUGUAGGCUAAGUGACUAAAUCUGAGAAUCCACAGGUUCCUCCUCUGCGCGUGUUUGCUUUUUCUUCUGUGCUUCUGGAUGGAUCUAGACUGAAGGACAUCAGCUGUGAAGGGCACCCGAGUAGCUGUCUCGCGUUACGGACGUGUUUAUUUCACGGAGUGGAGUGAAGAAUGAAGUUGGUUCUCUCUAGAUAGAUGACGACCGGCGAGUCAGGGGGUCGUUGGACGACUUAAAUUCGCAGAGAACACGUAAAUAUUUCGCAGCCUAGUUUCUACAGCUCGUCAGUUGUGUUUUGAAAUCCUGCCUUGUUGAAAUCCUGCCUUGUAGCAGUUUGGAUUUUCAGUCGCGAAGAGGGAGGUUACCUGUGCGCUCAUCUGCCAAGGAGAGGCGCUGUCCGUGGUCCUGAAGUCAUUUAAACAACUCCUGCCAUCUUUCUCUUGGCCUUGUUCUCUAAAUAAAAGCAACAGUUAGAGGGACACUGUCCGUCAAGCAGCUCGACAAAGAGCUUAAUAUGGUAACUCAAACCAGUGUUCAUCUGCAAACUUUGGUACUUUUGAUUUUUUUCGUCUGCCUGAGCCAGCCAGUAUGUGUCGAUGUCCCGUCAGAGACAGAAGCAGUCCUGGGUAAAUCCAUGAGGUUGACCUGCAUCUCCUGUAUGAAGAGGGAGGAGAUCAAAGCAAAGACGUUUGUGGAUUGGUUCUACAUGCCAGAAAAGGAAAAAGACAUCCCACCUAACAGAACUCAUAUAUACGAGUAUAAGAAUAACAAACCAGUGGAAUUAGACGGACCAUUUAAGGGCCGUCUGACCUGGAAUGGGAGCCAGGACUUGCAAGAUGUCUCCAUUGAAAUAAUCAACGUCACCUAUAACGACACCGGUGUCUUUGAGUGCAAUGUACUUCGCAAGUUUGAGUUUGACUUCUUUACACCCUCUGUCCUUGUCACGAAGGAGAUCAAGUUGAAGGUGAACGCUGAAGCCAGUCCAGACGUCACAGCGAUCUACUCUGAGAUCAUGAUGUAUGUGCUGCUGGUGUUCUUGACCUUCUGGCUGCUGGUGGAGAUGGUCUACUGCUACAGGAAGAUCUCCAAGUCCGAUGAACAGGCGCAGGACACGGCGACAAACUACCUAGCCAUUCCCUCUGAGCAGAAAGCCAAUCCAGAUGCUCCUGUUACCGAAUAAAAGUGGUUGUCAGUGAAACGGUAUUAAACAGUCAUGAUGGGACCAGUGUCAUGUGCCGGAAACAGGCAUAGAUUCAACAACCUUUCAUCCAUGCCACUAUGAAGGUGUCAUUACUGCCAGAUAGCCAUGGGAAUCCUGCCAACCGACCUCCCCUGUGUAUCGACCGUGUCUUGUGAAGAACAAGUCAAAAAUGUCCAAGUGCUAAAUUUUUCUCCUCCUUUUCCCUUCAUUUUUUUAACCUUCGUGCCAGGCAUCUGAAAUCAAAUGCUUUCACAAAUAUAGCAGGUUAAAGAACAAAAGCGUCAGUGUCCUGCGCUUAUUAUCAGAUAAAUACCAGCCAUGGUACAUUUGGACAUGCUAGUGUGUAGAGUUACUAAACAUUUUCUUAGUAGUUAGUGGUGCCUCUGUGAUUUAUAAGCUUUAAACAAAAGAUCCAAAAAGAGACGCUGUCUUACUGCUGCCAAGGCUCUUAUUCACAAUUUACAUACUGAUACUGUAGUACUUGUUUAGAUCAUUUGUGUUGUCACAGUUUUAUAGAUCCACGCUGAGAUUUUCAUUCACAGUUUUAUUUGUAUUGGCCAAUGUUUUUUAUGUCUUUUUAAGGAAAAUGAAUAGCAUAGCUUUUAUACUGUACGGAUGUGCAUUUCUCGGCUGUAUGUAUCAGUAAAGCCACAGUGUAAUGGAACUAUCAAGCCACUCUAUUUCAGAUGAUCUGAAUUAAUCUAGAAGUCUUUCCUAAACUCUCCCCUGUAUAAAUCUUUAAUCCAUGUUCAGCACUAAUGUCAAAGCAUAUUCAGUAGGUUAAGUCAUACUGCAUACAGUUACUCAAACAUUUAUUAUUAAGCUUUGCCUGUUGCUGGUGUUCUACAUUAGCACUGCUAUUGAGACUAAAUGUGUGCCUAUUUCUAUAGUACUACACUGUAGAAAUGUAUAUAUUUUAUGAUGCAAUCAUAUCACGCUGUUGUGUCUAUUACAGAUAUGAUAUCUCCUGUGUGAGUGAGCUGCUUUUGAACUAUUAAAUACAAUGCAUUCCACUGUC